AACGUCAGUGCUCUCAUCAGAGUGAGUUGAUGCCCUACCCAACACAAAUAGAGCAGUGAUUAUUAGAUACAAUCAGACAAACUCUGCUUGAGAUCAUUUUUAUUCAGUUUUGUAUUUUUGAUGCAGUCUCCAUCUGAUUGUCACCUGCAUGAUUUGGAGAGCUGUGCUGCUUUGGAUGGAGAACAAAACCAUGGUGACUCCUCUCAAGCAGCCGAUUGUUUUCGAACUCCAGGGCUUUGAUGUACAACCAGGCAACGGACCUUUCUUGUUUUUCUUGGCUUUGCUCGCCUACGUAGUGGUGCUACUGGGGAACGGUGUGGUGAUCUCUGUUAUUAUGAUAGACAAGAACCUGUACAGACCCAUGUUUAUAAUGAUCUGUCACCUGGUGGUCUGUGAUCUGCUGGGCGCCACAAUGGUGCUUCCUCGUCUCAUGAUGGAUUUGUUGAUGGGAAUAAAGAAGAUUACCUACAUUUCAGCCAUCGCCCAAGCCUUCUGUGCUCACACAUAUGGUGCAGCAAUGCUGACUAUUUUAAGUGUGAUGGCCUAUGACAGGUACAUCGCGGUGUGUGAACCUCUCAGGUAUCACUCCAUCAUGACUUCAGCCCGGCUGCACAGCUGCUGCGCUCUGGCCUGGAUGGUGGCCCUGCUGCUCAUCGCUGUGCUCUUCUCCUUCCACAUGAACGUCCCGUUGUGUAGCCGCACAAUCCAACAAAUAUAUUGCAGCAACCGGGGCAUCCUAAACCUGGCCUGCAUUCCCACUCCUGUCAGCAACAUUUAUGGUCUAGCUAUGACAUGGUCUUUAAGUUCGUUGACCUUCAUUCUCAUCGCUUUUUCCUACAUCAGAAUUUUAAGUGCCUCGUUAAGACAAGGAAGAACGGACAGCAGCAUCCGUAGCAAAGCCUUUCAGACCUGUGCACCACACAUUGUUGUGUAUGUGCUAUUUCAAAUCGCUUCAUUGAUUGUGAUUGUGAGUUAUAGGUUUCCCUCUCUUUCCCAAAAUAUAAAGAAGUUUUUCAGCAUCCUUAUCUUUAUCAUCCCCCCUAUCAUUAACCCCAUUAUAUAUGGACUGGUCAGUAAAGACCUGAGGGUCAGCUUUAUCAAACAUUUCUCCAUCAGAGUAAGAAACAAAUCCUUGAUGGAGAACUACACCUACAACAGUCCUACACUCCAGCUGGAGGGCUUGAAGGUCAAAGAUGAUUCAGUACACCUCGUCUUUUUUCUGUUUCUGUUUUCCUACAUCAUUUUUAUGGUCAUGAAUCUGGGUAUUUUAACAAUCAUUUGCAUUGAAAAGAGCCUUCAUCAGCCCAUGUAUGUGCUGUUUUGUAACCUGACCAUCAGUGAUAUUAUAGGAAGUACUCACAUUUUACCCCGUCUGCUGUCAGACAUGUUACUGCCCCCCUCUGAGCGUCUCAUCAGUUAUUAUGAAUGCGUGAUUCAAGCUUUUACGACACACAUGUUCGGCACUUCUUCACACACUGUACUGAUGGUUAUGGCGUUUGACAGAUAUGUGGCCAUCUGUCAACCUCUGUACUACAGCACAAUAAUGACCAGCAGAAUGAUUGUAAAGCUGAUAGUGUUUUCCUGGGUGGUACCCUUUGUUUUGGUUGUGAUUCUGCUGGGCCUGACUGUAAGGCUGAACCGAUGCCGGACUCUCAUCACCAACCCUUUCUGUGACAAUGCCUCACUAUUUAAGCUCUCCUGUGAGAGUGUGGUUAUUAAUAACAUCUUUGGUCUAUCUUUCACUGUGCUGCUGUUUGUAUCGUCUAUUGGCUGCAUGGUUCUCACCUAUGGUAAGAUCACGGCAGUCUGUUUGGCUACUAAGAACAAAACACUGAACAGUAAAGCGAUGAAGACCUGCAGCACUCAUCUGGUUGUGUAUCUAAUUAUGUCACUAAGUGGCUAUACGAUUGUUGUUCUCCAUCGGUUUCCUCAAUAUUCAGACUACAGAAAACUCUCUGCCAUUCUGUUUGUUAUUGUGCCAGGCAGCCUGAACCCUAUUAUUUAUGGUUUACAGUCCAAAGAAAUAAGAAGUUUCUUAUACAAACUAUUUCUUCCUCAAAAAUGUUUGCCAUCAUGUGGAACUAAAUCUUUGGUUAAACCUUGGAAAGACUUUUGAAAUAAAUGUUAUUAAACAUCAGUAAACAUGCAUUUGUGUAAUAAAUACAUUUUUGCAGAAAGAGUUCAUGUACAAAUGAGCCUUGAGCCACAGUGGACAG